CUUUAUCCAGCUUUUGAACACCGCAUUCUCAACGGCACCAGCAUCAUAUUAUGUCGGAUUUAUUCUAAGUGAUGAUAUCCUAUAGUUAUCUCUAACCUUGAAUCACCAAUGCGCAAGACGCUUCGCCGAUCCUGCGCAGCUUGUGCCAAAGCAAAGCACAGUUGCGAUCUUCGAACCCCAAAAUGCUCACGUUGCGUGAAGAGAAAUUGCGACUGCGUUUACGCCAACGAGCCACUCACUUCGACGAGAGCUCCCAUUGCGGAUCAUGGGAAUAUAUCUCACGCAUCCCACGCAUCAAUGGUCCGUAGUUGGCCUCUACUCCUAAGUAGAAGUGGGAGAAGCGUGUCAUCGGAUGCCUCGGACAUGUCAAUGUUUUUCGAAGCACAUAUAUUCGAUCCAUUCGGGUCCUACCCUCCAACAAAUCUGCCUCAUCUCCGUGUUCAAGGUCUCAUGCAGCAUUUCUUGUCAAAAAUCGCAUUUCAGUACUAUCCUUUAGAUCUCAAUCCAUCUUCAAACCCCUUCGUCACAUCGUGGUGGCCGUUGGCUCUCAAUGACCCCGCAUUAUUUCAUGUAACUCUCCAGACGGCUUCCCUGGACGAUGAACUCCAUGCCAUGAAAGGGUUUCCACACUCGGAGCUUCUUAUGAAAGACUCCGUUUCCCUCUUGAGACAUAAAAUUCAGGACCAGUCACUCGCAUAUCAAGAUGCAACUAUGAAUGCAGUUGUUACUUUAGCGGCCAUCGAGCAUGGAAAAGGGAACCUGCACGUGAGCAAAGUGCAUAUCGAUGGAGUCAAACGUAUGGUCGCUUUCAGAGGUGGAUUAUCCAAAGUCAAACAGACAAGCCCGCUUACAGCAAGAAUGGUGCCUUGGGUGUCCUUGCUGGUCAGUGGAUCGCCUCAAUUCGAAACUCAAGAUGAUUUCGGAGAAGGGAAUGGAAUUUGCGCAAUACAGCAAUGGCAACGCCCAUUUUCCAGCGAAUGCAAUGAUCCAAAUCUCCUCGACUUCGAUGCUCUUGGCCUCGAUCCUGCCCUUUGCAACAUUGUCAACCGUCUCCGCUGCAUUCUUCACGAUCUAGCAAUUCUGUCAGUCACUGAUCUACACGAUCUGACUUGCUUUACUCUCCAUCGUUUGAUGAGUUUACCUCCUCACACAGGGGUUGAGUCUCAAUCACCGAACAUCUCUGAAUGUCUGCAGUACUCAAUUUCAGCUUACAUGCUCAUCCUCCAAGGAGCGACGUAUUAUUCCCACGCUCAUAUUCUCAAUGCUCUUGUCAUUCAAUUCCAACCUCAUCUCGGUCCUCUAUCAUCAAUUGGGGAAUGUCAGGACUCAUUGUUGCUCUGGCUCCUGUCAGUCGGAGCGGUCGCAUCGACUGGUACGAAUGAAAAUUACUGGUUUCGCGGAGAAGCAGCCGCAGUUUCAGCAGCACUUGACAUUCAAUGCUGGGGCGACGUCGAGGCACAUCUGAAAAGAAUUCUCUGGCACGAAACGAGAUCCCGAGAUGUCUUCCAGCAAAUAUGGAAGGAGAUCCUCGCAUUGGACUUACCACUCCACAGCUUGGCAGUCGCCGAAGACCAUGAAAAGCCGCGAAAUUUCUCAAACAUAGUCACGUGACACACAGCGGAGUCUAGUCCUAUUCGAUUAAACUCUCCACAUCCAUCGGAGAAUGGUCCUGUGCGAUUUUUGUACGAGCGCCAUUCGCCAUUAUAGCGUGGAGGGGCGGCAGACCCUAGUGCAGAUCAUUUUCGGAGUCUAGUCCUCUUCGGUCCAGGACUUCCAGUGCGUCCCAUCCAGGAACUUCCUUGGCGAACAAUAUGGAGAGGAUGAACCGACUGCAAAUUGUUUGCUU